CAGCCUGGUCCGCGGCUGCAGCCCGAGUCAAACCCGUCGCUACUCGCUGUUGUCAACAGUGUCCGGGGGGGGGAAGAAAGAAAAGAUGGCGACCCGAGUCCUUCAGAGAGUCGGCAGCGGCCUGAGGCAGACGAGGAACGGGCUCCAGGCGCACGGACCGGUCACGGUGGUCGCGAGGAGCAUCGCAGGUUCACGUGAGGACAGCUGGUUCAAGUCCCUGUUUGUCAGAAAGGUUGACCCAAGAAAAGACGCUCACUCUCAUGUGCUCGCCAAGAAAGAAGACAGCAAUCUGUAUAAAAUACAAUUUCACAAUGUCAAGCCUGAAUGCCUUGAUGAUUACAAUGAACUUUGUGAGGACGUCUUGCCUUCUAUCCACGCUAACCCUGACUACCCCUGUGAGCUCGUGGGCACCUGGAACACAUGGUACGGAGAGCAGGAUCAGGCAGUUCACCUGUGGAGAUAUCGGGGAGGAUACCCGGCUCUCACCGAAGUCAUGAACAAACUCAGGCAGAAUAAGGACUUUAUGGACUACAGGAGCGAGAGGGGGAAGAUGUUGUUGUCACGUAGGAACCAGUUACUGCUGGAGUUCAGCUUCUGGAAUGAACCUGUCCCUCGUUCAGGACCCAACAUCUACGAGCUGCGAUCAUAUCAACUCAGGCCUGGAACGAUGAUUGAGUGGGGGAAUUACUGGGCGCGCGCUAUUGACAUUCGCCAGCAGAACCACGAGGCGGUGGGAGGCUUUUUCUCACAGAUAGGAAGUCUGUACACGGUUCAUCACUUGUGGGCUUACAAAGACCUUCAGUCCAGAGAAGACACCAGAAACGCAGCCUGGCAGCGUGAAGGCUGGGAUGAAGUUGUUUAUUACACAGUCCCCCUUAUUCAGCACAUGGAAUCUCGGAUAAUGAUUCCCAUGAAGAGCUCGCCCUUGAAGUAACCACAGUUACUGGGAUAACCCCUCAACAGCCUCCACAUCACGGAUCUGUCGAGAGCGUAACCAACCCCUCGGAGUGUGCACUGCCAGAGAUGUGGGCAUAACAUUAACAUCAACAUGUUUCGGUUUUUGUUUUCUUUUUUGUUUUCUUUCUUUCUGUCUUUACUCCCCUUUUCUGUGUGGGCCUAGAAUGUCUUAUUUCAGAUCAUGCGCUUGAAUUGAUAAUCACCAAAACUGAAUCUGUUACUGAGGUUUCUGUGUUACUUAUCCACUAUUGCACUGUGUGUAGACAAAACAUAAUCUGACGCACUCCUCCGUCUCACUGCCUCCAUCAUAUAAAGGGUCAGUUUUGAAAGGCUCAUCUUAUUAUUAUUUAUUUUUUUAAUAUGAUGAGCUAAAAAGUUUGUGUUAUGAAAUACCAGGAAGUAGAAAACCUAUCAUGGACUGGAUGAGCUUUUUUAAAAGGUACAGGGGAUGGUCAGUUUCACAGAGGGGAGUGUGCUUUUUACAAACCAGUGUUGUUUAUUUGACAGUGAAGCUGAUUGUCAGAGAUGGAGGCCUGUAGUGUACAACUGAUGAUCACGUGCACCAGUCAUUUGUUUCAAAAGGUUGACUUUGAUCUAGAGCACCCCCCCCCCCCCCCCGGAUUUGUCAUGUCCAUUUCCCCCUGUUUGUGCCUCGUCUGCUUAACUGACCAUAUCUACAGAUUUUCUCCUACUUAAACGCCAUGACGCUUCCUGACUUUCAGCUGAGAAAAGGGGGAAACGGUAAUUAAAAAUGAUUAGAAAAUGACUGGUGACUGCAGUGACUGGUUUGGCCUAUCCCUAUAUCAGGCAAUGAAUUAACGCCAAGGGGGUGAUUGUGUGCUGAGAUUAGUUUUUCUUUUUCUUUUAAUGUUCAGAUUGUAGAUAAGCAAGUGGGUUUAUUAACCAAGCCAGUGAUAUGGUCAAUGCUGUAUCUGUAACUAAAGUGGGAUAAUCUGAACUACCUUACCUUGACAAACGAAAUUUCUCGGUGUGGCAAAAAUGAAAUGCAGUGCUUCAGAAAGAUUAGUUGUACAUAUUGAAUUAAACUUCUGAUGAAAAAUGCAAAA